AUGAUUCCAUGUUCUAUUCCCCUUAGUGAUGGAGCCUUCCAGAGUCAAGAUUCUGGGAGUUACACCCUUGCACAUCACACAGUCAAAGUGCGGCGGUCUGGUCAGAUAACAGACAUUCACCUUUUGCUGGACAUGGAACGUGCUGGAGAAGUCUGUGACACUGGUUUUGAUGUGGAUGAGAUGGUACCCUGUGACAGUAAUGGUGAGAUGCAGUCAAGCAGCAUGAUUGCUCCUGAAGUGCCCCAGUUACGCCAUAGGUUUUUUGACAGAUACCAGUCUGUUGAAGCCUUCAACCUGCGGUCACUCCCAAAUGAAAUGAUCACAGCUUUGCGAUUCUUUGAGCACGAAAAAAGUGGCAAGCCUUCCUUGAACUGGGGUGAAGUGGACAUGAUGAAGUUAGGCCAGUAUAUAAUCUCAAUGUGUGCUGCCAUCAAGGAUGUGUUCGAAAAUGAGUCACGUCUACUGUGGCUUUCUACACCAUGCUAUAUUUUAGGUGACAUACAUGGCAAUUAUCGGGACCUGGUGUGUUUUGAGAAGGCACUUUGGAGGGUUGGUCCUCAUCUGACUCCAGCCAACUUUUUAUUCCUUGGCGACUAUGUUGAUCGUGGGGAUUAUGGCAUUGAGGUUGUCUCAUAUUUAUUUGCUCAAAAGCUUCAGGCCACUGGAAAGUUCUUCCUCUUGCGUGGCAAUCAUGAGGUUCGCGACAUCCAGAAAAUGUUCACCUUUCAUCAGGAAUGCAUAAGAAAGUUUGGUGAACGUUUAGGAACAAAUGUUUGGAAUGCUGUAAACGAAGUAUUUGACUGUAUGCCAGUUGCUGCUAUUGUCGAUAAAAAGAUAUUUUGCAUC